GGUCUUGUUUGUGUCGGUUGUCGCACGCAGCGCCUUUGCUGUAAAAAUGCGCAUCGAAAAGUGUUAUUUCUGCUCGGGACCUGUGUACCCCGGACAUGGGGCGAUGUUUGUACGGAACGACUGUAAGACAUUCAGAUUCUGCAGAUCAAAAUGCAUCAAGAACUUCAAGAAGAAGCGUAACCCAAGAAAAACAAGAUGGACCAAAGCAUUCAGAAAGGCAUCAGGAAAGGAGUUGACAGUGGAUAACUCUUUGGAGUUCGAGAAACGCAGAAACAUACCUGUUAAAUAUAACCGGGAUCUCUGGGAGAAGACAGUGGAAGCAAUGAAGAGGGUGGAAGAGAUAAAACAGAAACGACAGGCAAGGUUUAUUAUGAACAGAUUAAAGAAGGGCAAAGAGUUGGAGAAGGAAGAGGCCAUCAGCGAAGUGAAGAAAAAUAUACACCUCAUCAAAGCACCACAUGCAGGAAAAGCCAAACAAAUGGAAGCCAAAAUGGUGCAAAAGCUACAAGAAGACGUGGACAUGGGGGAUGAAGAUAAUUAAUUUUGUACCCAAGGGGGUUUCCAUUUGUGUGAUAUGACUUGUGAGCAUUGUACUUCUGUCUGGAAUGAAACUUUCCAUAUGGCUGAUGAUGAUAUGGCUUGCUGUACAAGCACCAAAAGCAUUGACCUAACAAAGAUCUCCAAAGCAACAACAAUUAACCAAGUAUCUCCCAGGUAUUUAUUUCUGGGUGAUAGUUGGGGCUGUAAGGAAUAUACUCUAUCCUGUUGCAUAAUAUAAUGUAUUACAGUAAUGCAGAAAAUGUUAAAAGGUAACCUACAAAAAAUUAAACAUCUUUUGGGAAUUGGUCUUAAGUUGGUCUUGUUUUUUGUGUUAUCUCCACUGUAACCACAGAUAAAUUCAAUCUUGAAUAUGUGUUAAAAGUAUGACAUACCAUAAAGCAUUUUACUUUUACAUCUGGAUUUUGCUGAUAAACCCUUUGUGAUGGUUGUAUUAGUAUUAACAUUAUGGAGAAAGAGAAGGUUAGCUAAGCUUUCAUACACUGCACACAAAUUAUACAUAGUGUGAUAUAAGCACAUGAAGUGUAGUGUACACUGCUAUCAGCAAAAAAAAAAAGCAUUUGGCCUAUAUUCAUAAUUUCCACAUCU